UUGGCGGGUAAAGUAGAACCACAUAGCAGAACGAAAAGUCUCACUUUCUUCCUUCCUUGGUUCAAAGGUCUUCCUCCCUUUGCUCUUCUCUUCCAGACACCUUCCGUUGCAUCAUCAUCAUCAUCAUCAUCAACACCUCCCCUUCUUCAGCUUUUCUUGUUUGUUCCUUAUGUUCUUCUCCGUUUGUAAAGAAUCAAACAGUUCAGUUGCUUAGGGAGUCACUUGUUUCUUCCUCUUCUUCUUGAUCAGAUCAUUAGCUUCGAAAUGGGGAAGCAUUUGAAAAACGAGACUUCUAGUCCAAAACAUGGCAAAUACAAUCACAAAUCAGGAUGGUUGGCUGGAAUGCUUCAUGUGCUUGACUUUCACCAUUGGAGAACUAAGAACCGCCCAAUCUGUAAGUUGGAAGACCCCAAGAACUCAUUCCUUGAUGCGUGAAACAGAGGAACAUGAACCGUUUCUUGAUUCUAAGGAUGAAGAUUCAAAGAUGGCUAAUGUUGUUGAAGAUAGUAAGCCGCCAACGAGACCAGAUACAAAACUGAAGAAGAUGAUGUCUACAAAGCAAGUAACUGAGUACGUGGAUUUUCUUGAAAUCUUGAGAAAAGAAGAUGUUUUUGUCAAGAUUAUGAAAGAUCAAGUCCAGAUCAAGUCUAAUCCAAGAGCUUUGCCCAAGUCAGGCUCGUUUCCUGUCUCACGCUCUCCAAUUCCUGCUAGAAUUGAUCACAAGCAGAAGGAGAACUGGUAUUCUCCUAAGCAAAACGGUGCACUUUUGAAUUUGAAUGUUCCAAGAGACAACACUUCUCAAGAACACAGACCAGUCUCUCCUUCUCGUGGCUCAGCUGAUGAUGGUCACGGGUUUAAUAACACUGUUAUAAACCGAUUCAGAGAAAUCAAGAAGUUGCUCAAAAACGCACUCAAAGACCGGAAUCACACAAGGAAGAAGAAGAAAAGGGUUUCAGAUCAUGUCGCGAAAGAUGAUUAUGAAGGGAGAUACUCUCAACUCUUGGAGCAAAGUUUCAGAAGAGAAGGUGGUGAACUGCGCUCGAAGAGCUUAAAACUUUCGUAUGAAGAUAGAAAGAGCGAUUCGAGAGAUAAUAUACCACAAUUCUUCAGACGGAUUUCAUCUUUGUCCAGUCUUGAAGUUCUUGGUUCAUUUCUGACCGACCUUCCCCGAGACAGUUCUACUUCCAAUCUGGAACCUAGGAAACAUCUCGACCAAGAUACUAACUUUGGAUCCAAGAAACCAUUAUUGUUAUCAGAAUCUCCGAUAAGAGCAGAGAAGGAAAAAAAAUAUGAGUUGCACGAAGAGAGAAGCCAAGAAAGUUACUUAGACAGCCCAAACCGAAGAAUCCUUCCACAAGAUCCACAUUCAGUUCCUAGUGUCAGUUCUUUGGAAGAUACUGCGGAAAAGACCGAUACUUUAGUCUCACAAGGUUUAGGUCUAAGCUCUUUAGAAACUUACAACCAUGAAGAAGAAGAUGAAGAUGCCUACUUCUGUUAUGUAAAGAAGGUUCUAGAAGUUUCAGGCUUCCUCGAUAACAAAGACAACGACGAAAAAUGGCACGCAGAGGAACAACCACUGAAUCCAUCACUAGUCUACGAACUCGAGAUACAAGAAGAAGCAGUAGUGAACAACAGAGAACUUCUCUUUGAUUUGGUUAACGAGGCAAUCGUCGAGACUCACAACGAAUCACACAUAUACUUCCCUAAAACGUUUCCAUACGGCAAACGUUAUCUUGAUGAGGUAUGGGGAAGAGUCGAGUGGAACCUCUCUGGUGUAGGAGCUGAGAAUAAAGAUCGUUCAUUGGACGAUAUUGUGGGAAGAGAUCUUCUUAAAAAGGGUGAUGGAUGGAUGAAUCUACGACGUGAAUCUGAAUGGCUUACCCUUGAGCUUGAAGAUCUGAUUUUUGAUGAUGUUCUAGAUGAGCUGCUUUGUGUUUAUUAGUAUAGUUUACAAAUAGAAAACCUCUUUUUGAAUAUUUCAGGUAGGUUUUUGCCUUUUAUUUUUGAUAUACAUGUAUAUAAAUAUUUGUUUUGAUACAAAAUCCAAGAUUUCUUA